AUGCAACAAGUUGGCAGCACUAGUUAAAUUUUAUUGGUUUGGAAAUCGAUUGCGCACUUAUCGAUAACCAUGGACGCGGGCACCAAAAUAUUAGUUGUGGGCGAUGUGCGGGGUCGCUUCAAGCAACUUUUCCAGCGCGUGGAGCAGGUCAACAAAAAGGCGGGACCCUUUGAAAUUCUGUGUUGUGUGGGCGACUUUUUCGGCGACGACAAACAGAACGAGGAACUGAUUGCCUACAAAAAUGGAUUCAAGCAUAUCACCGUGCCCACCUAUAUCCUGGGACCCAACCAGAAGGAUCAUGCGAAAUACUUCGAAAACCUGGCGGACGGUGAGAUCUGCACCAAUCUCACAUAUCUCGGCCGUCGUGGAGUCUACACGCUGAGCAGUGGUGUCAAAAUAGCCUACUUAAGUGGCUCGGAGGCAGAAGAUUCCUCUGGCUCGGAGCACGAGUUCACCAAAGCCGAUGUCAUCGCCGUCAGGAACUCGUGUUUGGUGUCCAAGAACUGCUCCACGGAGUACCGGGGAGUGGAUGUGCUCCUCACAUCGCAGUGGCCAUUCGGCAUGCAGGAGAAGGAAAACGCCACCGCCUCCAAGUUGGUUUCCUUUCUCUGCCGUGAGAUCAAGCCGCGCUAUCACUUCUGUGCCAUGAAUGGAACCCACUACGAAAGUGCUCCCUUUCGCAUGCCCAAGGAUGAGACCACACAGUUCGAGCUGUGCACUCGCUUCAUUUCCCUGGCGGAAGUGGGCAAUGCCGAGAAAGCCAAGUACAUUUACGCACUCAGCCUUAAGCCGGUGGACAAAUCACGUUUACUGGACUUGGUGCAGAAGACCACCAACGAAAUACCAUGCCCCUUUAUUGGUUUAGACUUGGGCGGAGCCAUCAACAAGAACGAUUCGUCUGAAAGUAAACAGUUUUUCUUCGACAUGGAUGGUGGCAGUCGUAAGCGACAAAGCGGUGAUAAUAACAGAAGAGAUAAGCGUCCUAGAAUCCCUCAGAUUGAGCAAGAUAAAUGCUGGUUCUGUUUAUCCUCACCCGAUGUGGAAAAACAUCUCAUUAUCACUGUGGGCGAACACUUUUACCUAGCUCUGGCCAAAGGACCCAUUAACAAGCAUCAUGUCAUGAUAUUGUCCACCAAACAUGUGCCCUGCGCCGCUCAACUGAGCGAAGAUGAUUGGGAGGAGCUAAACAAGUUCAAGGCCGCUUUGCGAAAGUUCUUCAAGUCCUUGGGACAAGUUGUGUGCUUCACUGAACGCCACUACAAGUCGGUACACCUGCAAAUCAAUGCGCUGGCCUUUGAAGAAGGCUAUGCCUGGAAGAUAAAACAUAGUUUCGAGGACAAAGCGGAGGAGUUUAAUCUGGAAUUUGAGACCUUACCGCCACUAGAUUCGGAAAAAAUGCUACCGGAAAUGGGACCUUACUUCCUGGCCGAGUUGCCCGACGACAGCACUCUUAUUACGCGACAAAUGAAACAUUUUCCCAUUCAUUUUGCCAGAGACGUUUUCUGUUCGGAAAAUCUCCUAAACUGCGAUGAGAAAGUCAACUGGAAGGAUUGCCUUCUCGACAAGGAAGAAGAAGUGGCGUAUGUUGAAGAUUUUCGAAAGGCUUUUGCGCCUUUUGAUUUUACAGACGAUUAAGCAAAGAACACGCUGUAUGUAUAUAUAGUAAAAAUUUCAUUUCGGUUGUAAUUGCUGAGCCCAUGCUAACAGUUCAUCCAUAUAAAUGCUAAAACUACAAUUUAAUUAAAAAACGUACUCGUAAAGUCGACGCAAUCGAGUGAUUUAGGA